GCUUGACACAAACACACAGGUGCACGCAAAGUUUCCGUUACUGUGAAUGCCAGGAUUUCAGAAUGGCACUUCUGUGGUUGACCACAUGAUAAGACUCAGACUCAAAUUGCUGAAGAAGAUUCUUACUGAUGUUCACAGAGACUGGAAAGCAUAAAGGACAAUAUGGAUGACAGAGCAGAGUCUGCCCAGUCCGCAAGGAGUUACGAUGGACAGAUGGAUGCUCUCCACCGUGCAGUGAGGAGAAAACAGGAGCUGCUGCAAAGACUGAGGGAGCAGCAUAUGUUAGAGGACCUAAACAGACCUCACACCUGGGGAGGGGCGCGAAGACACUAUCGGCCACAUUUCAUCUCUGCCCCACAGCCACCUCUACCACCCAUACCGCCCAUACACAUCCACCAGCCAGCCCCUGUGCUGCCUUCCCUGCCACCUCCACAACCUUACCCACCCCAGCCUCCCCGCAUCAUCCAACAGACACUACCCCAGCACCCUGCCACUAUCAUACAACAGCUGCCACAACAGCAGCCACUGAUUGCUCAGAUUCCUCCACCUCAGCUCUGCCCUGCUCCACGCUCAGGCAGCAUCAAAGAAGACAUGGUAGAACUGAUGCUGAUGCAGAAUGCCCAGAUGCAUCAGAUCAUAAUGCACAAUAUGAUGCUGAAAGCCAUGCCUCUUAUGCCCCUGUCGCCACCUGGUGGGCCCAGCCACUGUGCAUCUCACGCUUCAUAUCUUGGGCAGGACAGCUACCAUGGAAACCAAGGUUUUGUAAGGCCAGAUGUCAAACAUAGGGGAAGCGCUGUUCAUCAUCAUCAUCACUAUGGUCCUAGCCCCACAGCACCACAGCUGCCUCCUAUCAUCUACCCCACAUGGCCACCGGGGGUGUCGUCUGUCCCUGCAGGAGCUGGGGGGUUCAUAUCAUCGUUACACCAUGCAACAGCACCUGUUACACUCCCAACUCUAUAGUAUGCAUACAUUCACCACAGCACAUGCAGCAUGUCUUAUACACUUCAUUCAUUCUUUUCAUUCAUCCACAUUAAGUAGUUUGAUUGGAUAAGAUUAUUAAUUUAUCAAUUUAUCAAUCUUCAACACAAUAAAGUGUGCAAUAAGUGAUGUGGUGUGACACUUAUUCCUCAUAAUAUUUUGAGAACUCCAGAGACAUGAAUUACAACUCCUUGUAUGCAGCAGCAUGCUUGCUUGGCCAAUGUAACGGAUUCUAUUCACGUACAGUUGUGUACUACUACUACAACAACCCAAUACGUUAAAAUGCUUGACAUAUCCAGUGGCUACCACUUCUUGCAUUGUUUAUACAUACGUACAAGCCCGAUUGUAUCUCGUCUUUGAAGGGAAAAAAAAAAAAUUAAAAAAAUAAUAAUAAAAAAAAAAAUUAAAAAUUAAAAAUGGACAGUAGGAGGAAAAAUAUUACCGCCCGAACAGGGACUUGAACCCUGGACCCUCAGAUUAAAAGUCUGAUGCUCUACCGACUGAGCUAUCCGGGCUCUGGAGCUGUAACCUCGCGCACCGUUUAAAAACCGUUAGGUACCGCACUAUUACUAUGUUAUUACACAACAUAUUUUCAACAUAUAUUAUAUAUUGCAUUAUAUCAGUAGCAAGUUACGUUUUUAACUGUACUGCAUAACACCACCGCUGUGUUCGAAGCAUUUCUGUCAUUUAGACUAAAGCGAAAGUUACUACAUACCCGCAUUCCUUACAUACCACGGUCUUAGCGCGAUUACGGCUCCUCGUCAAGAUUCGCGGUUUUCAGUCUAUACACCAAGUACUUGCCUUGUCUUUAAUUGAUGCAUUUACAGCUGUACAAAAUGGUAUUUUACAGUAUCAAUAAACAAACAAAAAAUAAAACUUCAGUAAUCACUUUAACAUUACUGCACCGCAUAUCUCCCUUUUCAACAUCCGACUGCACGACAGUAAACACAUCCUCGAUUUACAGCUGUUGAUCAUCACGGCACAUGCCUUUGAUAAAUAAAAUAUGUAUAAGAAAAUAGAUAACACACAAUCCAAGUAACCCUCUUAAUUUCUCAAUGAUUAAAGUGCUUCAUUCUUGACUGAAAUAAUCGGAUUAUGACAGAGUAUUUGUGCACUGAAUAUGUAGGACGUGGUGCGGUGUUCUUGCUGUGAGGUUUCUCUUCUUUAGGAUGAGUACGUGUGGUUCAUGCACUUUCAUUUGGGUUUGUGUGCAACAAAAGUCAGUAUUACCGCCUUAAAACAACCUUGUGUGUUAACCGAACCUUUUACCAAGUGUGCAGAAAAAUAACAAAUGGCAAACAAACGACAGUUUGGCGACAUCAGAUUAAAACCCUCACACACAACCUACCUGGUGGCACAAAAUGCUGCUCCCCUCUAAAUCUGAUGAAUUAAAUAUUGUUUAUGCUUUUGAUGAAAUGACCCAAAAAACAUUUAUUUACACUGUGCAUGAGUGCAUGCAGAAUACCGUCCCAAUUCUGUACAAUUCCCCUUUUAAAGAAAUCUAUCUGUCUUUGCAAACGGAGACAAACUUAAAUAGGAGUUUCUAAACGUUUCCUUUUUAAACUCCUCUGUUGAGAAACAAAUGCAGAAAGAAUU